CUUUUGCUUCUUCUCUCUUAGCAGCAGUAGCAGCAGAAGCUAGGGUCUUCCUCGUUUCGUCGCCGACUUCCCUUCGCUUCUCUGGUUGAUCUGUCAAGAUGUAUACCUCAAGGAAGAAGAUCCACAAGGACAAGGAUGCUGAACCCACCGAAUUUGAGGAAUCAGUUGCACAGGCACUGUUUGAUUUGGAGAAUACCAAUAAUGAACUAAAGAGUGAUUUGAAGGAUCUCUUCAUCAACUCAGCAGUUCAAAUGGAUGUAUCUGGAAACCGCAAAGCAGUUGUUGUUUAUGUGCCCUACAGAUUGAGGAAGGCAUUCCGUAAGAUCCAUCUUCGACUUGUCAGGGAGCUGGAGAAGAAAUUCAGUGGAAAGGAUGUUGUUCUGGUUGCUACCCGAAGGAUAGCACGCCCCCCCAAGAAGGGCUCUGCUGUUCAAAGACCCCGCUCUCGCACGCUGACUGCCGUCCAUGAGGCCAUGCUUGAGGAUGUUGUCCAUCCUGCUGAGAUUGUUGGCAAGCGCAUCAGAUACCGAAUUGAUGGAUCCAAAAUAAUGAAGGUUUUCUUGGAUCCUAAGGAGAGAAACAACACUGAGUACAAGCUGGAGACUUUUGCUGGUGUUUACAGGAAGCUCACCGGAAAAGAUGUGGUUUUUGAAUAUCCAGUUACAGAUGCCUGAAGAGCUUUGAUCAAUGCCUUUCUGUUCUGUUAUUUUAUUUUAAAGUUCAUAGUUUGGUAGUUUAUUUGUUAAAAUUUUGAUUGGUGUCUUCUGAAACAGCGACAAAUGAAACUUUUACAAAGGACCAUCACUUCAUAAAUUUAUGCAAGAAAGGCAUUCUGAACUC